GGAAAGCAAAACCAAACAAAACAAAGCUGUAACAACAACCACAACAAAAACAACAACAACAACAACAACAGCCAAGAAGUGUCUGUGUGCCAAGUGCGCUAGCUUUGAAUUGUUGUUGGUUGCGGCACUUUUUGGGAAAUUAAAUUAUGUUAAGUGCAUAAAUCGUUCGACGCAGCCGAAGCAUCAGCAUCAGACACAACAACAGGAGCCGCAGCAGAAGUGAAACGCUAAGGUGCAAUCACAAAUGAAAAGAGCUGAAGAACUAAAUAAGUUGCAAUGUGAAGAGCGCUUGUGGGACAAGUGAAAACUGAAAACUGCGCGGUAGCCCAAGUAAAGUAAGAACGUGAAGAGGAAAACUCGCUCAACGCUGUCAGAAAACUUGUCGAGGAGCCCAGGAAGCACCGAACCCAGAGACCAGAAGCAGCUGCUGUGACGAUUGACAAGACAAAAACAAAAGCCACGACGGCAAGAGUUUGACAAGUGGCACAAGUGGCAGCAGCGCCCAAAAGCACGCAGCUAGUUUUUCAACUCAACUCAGACUUUUUGUGUAUGCUUGCUGCCCCAAGCCCAAAACGUCCACCCACACCCAGCCACGCAGCCGUCGCCGCAGUCCAUGGCCGCGUAGCUUUUGUAUGCGGCUCGCAUGCCGUGGCAGCAACAGCGUAAAUCGCAAGUGCAACAACAAUAGCAGCAUUACAGGCGCUAUGUGCUGGCCAAAUACCGCAUCGGAACGUCAGCAGCAAACGAAAUAGAGCAUCGGCAAGGACAUAGCCAAACACUCGAGCAUUGGCCAAAAAGGAGCAGCUGGCAGUGCAGCACAUGUGUUUUUGUGAUGCGACAAGGACACUUCAAGUGCCGCCAACACACUUAAACGCAGCCCGAGCAGCAGCAUCCGCAUCAACAACAUCUCUGGCAUUAGUUUAAAACAGUCAACAGUCUUCAAUCGCAGCAUGCGCAAACACAAAACGCCGCCCGGCGGCCACCCAAUCAGUUCCAGUUUCGUGGCAAGGACAAUGCCAACAGUGCACAGCGAGACAAACGCAGCGGGCACGACACCAGCACAAGAAACAACAACAGCAGCUGUGGAAAUGGAGCAGCAGCGCAUGUUACUCGGCCAUGCGGCAGUUGACAGUGCCACGCCAGCAGCAGAAACAGCAACAACAGUUGCUGCAACAAGCCCAACUAGUCGCCUUGCAGCGCCAUCGGCCACCUGCCAGCAACGAUCUGCAGCGGCAGCAGCAGCAACAGCCAAAGCAGCGAGCAGCAAGGAACGGCCGCGAUAUACAGUUAAGCUUAUAUCCUUGUUGCACAUCGCCUGCUACGUGCUGUGCCUGUGCGCCUUCAGUUUCGCACUCUACGCGAAUGUGCGACAGACCCGACUCGAGCAGCGACUGCAGCGCCUGCAGCAGCUGGACGCGCGCAUCGUUGAGCUGGAGCUGCGUCUGGAGCAGCAACAGCUGUUGCACUGGCCCGCCGAGCAGGCCAAGAUCCUGGCCAGCCCCAUCGUCAGCAGCAGCAACAGCAACAGUAACAGCAACAGCGAGAACGGCACAUCCUCACACCUGGCGCUACAUGUGCGUCGCGAGUUACAUCGCCUGCGUCGCGAUGUUUCCCACCUGCAACUGACGCGACGUCAGCAGCGCCGGCAAGCGGCCGAAGCGGCUGCAGCUGCUGCAGCAGCCGGAUUUGGAGGCAGUCCAGCAGCCAAUGGCGAGUGCCAGUGCCAACCAGGUCCACCAGGUCCGCCCGGUCCGCCCGGCAAGCGAGGGAAGCGCGGCAAGAAGGGCGACCCCGGCGACAAGGGUGAACCGGGUCUCAACGGCAUUAGCGGCGAGAAGGGUGCUGCUGGUAACCCCGGCGACAAGGGCCAAAAGGGCGAUACCGGCCAUCCGGGCGUGGAUGUCUUCCAGACAGUCAAGGGCCUCAAGAGAUCGGUGACAACGCUGCAUGGCGGCACACUGGGCUAUGCGGAAAUUGUAGCUGUUAAGGACUUGCAAGAAGCGGGCGUUAACGUAUCCGCUUCAACGGUCAUACAGCUAAAGGGUGAACCUGGCGAGCCCGGCCCGCCUGGACCCCCAGGCGAACCUGGAAAUCCAGGCGUACCCGGCGAGCGUGGACCACCUGGCGAAACUGGACCGCAGGGAGUACAGGGCGAGGCCGGCCAGGCAGGACCGAUUGGACCGCCCGGCGUGCCGGGUGCACCUGGCACAAAGGGUGACAAGGGCGAUCGUGGUGAUCGUGGACUCACCACAACCAUCAAGGGUGACGAGUUCCCAACGGGCAUCAUCGAGGGUCCGCCGGGACCGCCUGGACCACCUGGUCCGCCCGGAGACCGCGGUGAACGCGGCGAGGUGGGACCCAUUGGACCGGCCGGACCGCCUGGCGAAAAAGGACCACGCGGCAAGCGGGGCAAGCGGCUAUUUGGACCUGGCGGCACCAAGCUGGAGGAGGAUUAUGACGACCCGCCAGUCACACUGUUGCGUGGCCCACCCGGACCACCAGGCCUUUCUGGCAAAGACGGUCGAGACGGACGCGAUGGCAGCAAGGGUGAGCCGGGCGAGCCCGGAGAGCCGGGCUCACUGGGUCCACGUGGCCUGGAUGGCCUGCCUGGUGAGCCGGGCAUUGAAGGGCCGCCUGGUCUGCCAGGCUAUCAAGGGCCGCCCGGUGAAAAGGGCGAUCGCGGCGAUAUUGGCCCACCUGGUCUAAUGGGACCUCCGGGUCUGCCAGGACCACCAGGCUAUCCCGGAGUCAAGGGUGACAAGGGCGACCGCGGCGAUUCGUACCGUAAGAUGCGACGCCGGCAGGACGACGGCAUGGCUGAUGCACCACACAUGCCUGCCAUUGAAUAUCUUUACGGACCACCCGGACCACCUGGUCCAAUGGGCCCACCUGGACACACUGGUGCACAAGGCGAUCGUGGCUUGGAUGGACGUAAGGGUGAUCCUGGCGAAAAGGGACACAAGGGCGAUCAGGGACCCAUGGGCUUGCCGGGUCCAAUGGGCAUGCGUGGCGAGUCGGGACCCUCUGGUCCGGCUGGCAAAGCUGGCAUUCCGGGUCCGCCUGGUUUGGAUGGCAUGAAGGGUGCACAGGGCGAAACGGGACACAAGGGCGAGCGCGGCGAUCCGGGUCUGCCGGGCACCGACGGCAUUCCCGGCCAGGAGGGUCCGCGCGGCGAGCAGGGCUCACGCGGCGAUGCUGGUCCGCCAGGUAAACGGGGACGCAAAGGAGAUCGCGGCGACAAGGGCGAACAGGGCGUGCCCGGACUGGACGCGCCCUGUCCGCUGGGCGUUGACGGGCUGCCGCUGCCGGGCUGCGGCUGGCGGCCUCCAAAGGAGCCCAUCAUUUCAACGCCCAUGCACAAGGAUUAUUUGCCGGAUGUAACACAGCCGGAGAGCAAUGCUAGCGAUUAUGAGCAGGAGGAUGACGAGGAGGACGAGCAGCAGGAGGAUAAUGAAAACGAAUAUGAUGAAUAUCAUGAACAUUUGCAUAACAAUGACUAAAACGGAUACAGCCAAGCCCAAAACGUCAAAGGGCAAACACAAGCUCAGACACUGAAGCGCAACCAAAGCAAAUAGGUUCCCAACACACACACACACAUACACAGAGACACACACACAUACUUUAACGCGCGCGCGUGCAUAAAUACACCACGCGUUCAUAAGCACCGACACACACACACACACACAGACAGACACACACACAAAGACACGCACAAGCUACUAGUUAAGCAUUUCCGAUUUCCGUAGCAAACUUGGCUCCGUUUCGCUCUCUGUUGACACAUGCAAUUAGCGCUAACCGAUGCAAAGUGGCUGCCACACCCAACGGCUAACUAUAGUAGAUUCUGUUAGCAUACGUACACAAAACCCCCCACCUCACAUCCCCUUUCCCACAAGCACACCUACAUUUGUACACUCGUAGCUACAUAUCGUACGUAUUACACGCUCUGGCUUGGCUUCGCUUGGUGUUGGAAUUUAGAGCUGAAAAUACAAAUCGCUUUGUUUUUGGUAACAACAUUGGCCAUUUUUUGGUAUACAAACUCUGUUUCGCCCCUCGCAGGAGAACUGGCAGACGUGGCUCAAGGACGAGCUGAACGCGCUGCAGCAUACGAAAACAAAAAACUAAUAUCCUCAGCUGCGAACGCGUUCGCCCAGCCGCAGCCCCAGCUCCAGCAGCAACGGUCGUGGAUGUGUUGGCUCUGCAAUAUCCAGACGAAUCUUAGCGCUUUGGUCUUAAUUUUAGUAAUUUGUUAUUGUUAAUAUAGAAAUCGAACAAAUCUAUGCAAUACCUACCAUAGAACACACAUACCAUCACUCUAAACACACACACACAUAGAUACAAAUGUAAACACAUAUGUGCCAAAAUCCUUGUGAACAGCAACAGUUGCUCAUGCACUGAGUCUAGCUACUCCAGCAUUUCACAAAUAUUACAUUUAUUUAUAGUCUUAACUUACCUGCAUACCUACAUGCAUACGUAUAUACAUAAAUACACAUAAAUAUUUAAAUGUAACGUAUCUACUACUACUACUACUACUACUUCUACUACACUAUAUUAAUGCUAUUUCUACUACUUUUUCUAUUAUUCUAAGCAGCGAAACAUUAAAUAAAUAGUAAU